AUGGCCCGUGCGUCGGCGAUCCUAUUAUGGGUCUGCUCGACGGUGUUCUUGCUGGCGGCGGCGACCAACGUAGUAGAGGCUCUCGGCGUGAAUUGGGGUUCGCAAUGCACGCACCCGCUUCCCCCAGAUAUCGUCGUCCAGAUGCUCAAAGACAACGGAGUCCACAAAGUGAAGCUCUUCGAUGCCGAUCCGUGGAUCGUUCGAGCGUUCGCUGGCACCGGCAUCGAGGUCGUGGUCGGGAUCCCCAAUGAAGCCCUCGACAAAAUAAGCAAGGACUAUGACAAGGCGGUGGAUUGGGUGAAGAGGAACAUCACCAAGCACAUGUACGAUGGAGGUGUCAAUAUAAAGAUGGUGGCUGUCGGGAACGAGCCAUUCUUGACCAGCUAUAAUGGCUCAUACGUGAAGACUACUCUCCCGGCAAUGAAGAACGUGCAGAGAGCCCUCAAAGAGGCCGGCCACAGCCAAAUCAAGGUCACCACGCCCAUGAAUGCCGACGUCUACCACUCUUCCUCCGGCCUCCCCUCCAACGGCGACUUUCGCGCCGAUGUAAAGUCUGAGAUGGUCGACAUCGUCAAAUGGCUCGACGACCAAAACUCCUUCUUCCUCGUCAACAUCUACCCCUUCCUCAGCCUUUACCAAAACAAACACUUCCCGAUCGAGUACGCCUUCUUUGACGGCCGCUCCAAGCCCAUCGUAGACAAGGGCAACGCCUACGAAAACAUGUUUGAUGCCAACCUUGACACUCUUGCUUGGUCCAUGGCCAAAGCCGGAGCGCCUAACUUGGGGAUCAUGGUUGGUGAAGCCGGCUGGCCCACUGACGGCGACAUCAACGCCAAUGUCUCAAUGGCUGAGAGGUUCUACCAAGGUUUCCUCAAGAAAAUGGCCGCCAACAAGGGGACGCCGCUCCGACCGGGGCACUUGGAGGUCUACCUUUUCGCCCUAAUGGACGAGGACCAGAAGAGCGUUGCUCCGGGAGGCUUCGAGCGCCACUGGGGCAUUUUUCGGUACGACGGGCAGCCCAAGUUCCCGAUCGACUUCACCGGGCAAGGCCGGGAAAAGAUGCCCAUCGGCGCUAAGAACGUCCAAUACCAGGAGAAGAAAUGGUGCGUCUUCAAUAGGGACGUGAAGAUUAUGAACUUCACGGGGAGGAACGUGGAAUAUGCUUGCGCCUACUCCGAUUGCACCGCUCUGGUUUAUGGAUCUUCUUGCAACAAAUUGGAUUUGAUCGGGAACAUUUCCUAUGCUUUCAAUAUGUAUUUUCAAAUGAACGAUCAAGACGUGGAAGCCUGCGUUUUUGAAGGGUUGGCCACCAUCACCACUGUGAAUGCCUCCACUGGUUCUUGCCUGUUUCCAAUUCAGAUUCAGAGCGGUGGAAUUAGACUCCAUGCUCAUUUAUCUGUAGCAAGCGCCAGUUUUUUUGGGUUGAUUGUCUUGUUCUUCCUCCUGGCUUUGGUUUAACUAUCUGGU